AACAUGUAAAAUUUACGUUACACUUUGUAAGUAGAAAUUAUUUUACUCAUCGUCCUUUCGUUGGCAAUAUGCUAGCAGUAUAAUAUUAACAGAAUAUGAUAACAGAUUGAUGACAGGAACUAAACAAAAUAUAUCAUUUCGUAACUGUUCAAGUGGAAUAUAUAAAUAUAUAUUGGCAUAUGGUUAUGCAAAAGAAUAGGUUCUACUUUGUUUUUUGCUGGAAAUUCGUUAUUAUAUUAUGUUGACAAGUUUUAACUGAAGACGAACUAAAUGCAGACACAAUUGAUGCUAGUCGGCUAAUAAACUGCCAGUAUGCUAUUAACAUUUUAUGUUUACUGAGUAUAUUUAUAAAUAUGUAUAAUUUUAAUAUUAUAUAUUAUAUUAUAAUGGUGUUAAUAAUUAUCCAUAUAGCACAGAAGAUGGACAUUGCUGUAAUAUUGUAAACAUUGCUACAACGUUGCAGCAAUGUUGCUGUAAGCUUCCGUGCUAUAUGGGCACAUAUAUAUUAUAAUGCACGAUUCUAGAUUUAUAUUUCUUUUGUAAAAAAAUGAACAAUACUAUUGAAUGUAUAUUAAAAUGUGUGCUUAAAAAUAAACGACGAGCAUUACAAAAGCCGACAUGUCUACUAAUAUCAACAGAGCAGGAGAUGGAAGCUUUUGAAAUUAUUGACGAGGAUAUCUAUGAAGAAAUAGUGGACUAUCUGCAAUAUAUUGGAGGAUUUACUAUUAAGGAAGCAAUCAAUUUAUCCUUUAAGGAAGUAAUAAAAGACAGUUUAAUGAUGGUAUACACGUGGUUUGGCCGUGAACGAAGUUCCAAGCCAUUAUAUAAAACGCGGAUAAUAAUGACAAUUUAUGAUGCUGUUUGUAAUAAUCGGCAUUUUAAUAAACCGACGAGAUCAGACUUCCAAGCGUAUGCAAGAGAAGCUUUGCGCUCAGCAAAACAGACCCAACAAACACAGAUAUAUAACAGUUACAUUGCCGUAAUGAAACGGAAUGUAAUAUGCAAUAUAACUUGUAUAUAGUAGGUUUUAUAGACGUUCGUUGUAAUUUCCUAUUCACACGUGUUACAGUUAUAUAACGUGAAUAUAACAUAAAAGUAACAUGUGACUAAAAAGUUAUAUAAGAGUUAUAUGU